CGGAGGAGCAGGCUGUGCUCGCCUUCCUCCAUUGCUAUGCCACUUUCUCUGGUGCCUUUCCCUCGUCCCUCUUUGCUGCUCACCCUUUGAACCCUGUAUACUUUUUACUUAUUUUUCUGCAGUUUUCUUCUUUUUUUUCAUUGUCCAAAGAUGGCUGAAGCCCAUGACUUAUCCACCGUCCCAACCGACGUCCUCCUCUGUGACACCUUCUCCCAGGUGCCCGAAGAUGGCAAUGCCCUGUCCUUGCUCCUGACCAGGACGCAGCUGUUCAUCCAGAGCCUCUCUGCCGCCUCCUCUGGGUCCUCACGCGCCUCCUUCCAUCUUUCCGACUGCAUUUGUUGUCGCGCCUUCAGGGGUAAAGACUCCAGAGACAUAGGUGGCUACUUCACAGCCAUAUUUUUUCCUCUUCGAGGGAUGCUGGGGACCGCCGCUUACCGGCAGCGAAUUUCCAGGACAUUCCGGACGGAGGCGUCGAGGGCCAGAGAGCAGAACAUGAGACUGGCGAAGACCUGGGCACAGAUGAUAUGCCAGCUGUCUGAUGAGCAAGGUCACCCGCGCCUUCUGCCCUCCCCAGCACGUUUUCUGGUGCUGCUGAAUCCCCGGGGAGGAACUGGAAAAGCGUUGAGUCUCUUUGAGACCCAUGUGAUGCCCAUGUUAACAGAGACCAAUGCCCACUUCACUCUGCUGGUGACAGAGAGACCCAAUCAAGCACGUGAACUGGUGCGGGAGCGGGACCUGUCGGCCUGGGAUGCCAUAGUCGUGAUGUCAGGCGAUGGACUCAUGUUUGAGGUUAUUAAUGGGUUAAUGGAGCGACCAGAUUGGGCGAAGACCAUUAAGAAACCACUCUCUAUUCUGCCAGGCGGUUCGGGGAAUGCGCUGGCGGCAUCUAUCAAUCAUUAUUCUGGACACCAGCAAGUGACGGGAACCAAACUCCUGACCAAUUGUGCUUUCAUAUUGUGUAAGGGUCACCCUGUGCCUCUGGACAUUGUCUCUCUAACCACCUCCUCCCAGCAGAGGAUCUUCUCCUUCCUUAGCUUGGCAUGGGGCUUUAUUUCAGAUGUUGACAUAGAAAGUGAGAAGUAUAGGUUUAUGGGUUAUGCACGUUUCUCAGUUGGCACUUUUGUUCGCCUGACUGCGCUGCGAACCUACAGAGGACGACUUUCAUACCUCCCAGCCAUCUCCUCGCCUGAGACGAGAGACACUACCUCCGACAUGAAGUGUUCCUCAGCAGACUGUACAGAGCCACAAGUAUUGGAAGACUCGGAGGUGGUACCAUUGGACCAACCUGUUCCAAGUCACUGGCACACAGUGGAAGACCAGUUUGUUCUUGUCCUUGCUCUCUAUCAGUCUCAUCUAGGGGCUGAACACUUUACAGCUCCGAUGGUGAAAGGUCCUGGAGAAGGUAAUAUUCACUUGUUCUAUGCCACCUCCAGAAUAUCACGGACAUCUCUUAUUAAAUUAUUUAUAGCAAUGGAGAAAGGAACUCACCUUGACCAAGAGAUACCUCACCUGAUCCAUAUGCCCGUGGUGGCAUUUAGGAUAGAGCCAUCUGAAAGUACUGGUAUUAUGACAGUGGAUGGGGAGGUCAUUAAAUGCAGUCCAAUCCAAGGGCAAAUUCACAGAGGUUUGGGACAUGUAUUAUCGUUGGGACCCCAGCUAUAACACACACCUUCUUUACCAAUAACAUCAGGAAUGUGCAACCAUAAAGUUGGCCAUACCCAUGAGACAGCUGUCGACCAAACCCUCUUUCAGCUGAUUGCUACCUCAGCCAGCACCACCAUGCACAUACAUGCUUACCAUGUGUUAGCAGCAGGGAGAGAGCUUCUGUCAGACUCCACUGGCGGCGGCUUAUCUACUGAGAACAAAAGGAUGGAGCAUGUUGAAACCCAACAGCCUGAUCUUCAUCUGAGUUGGGAGGCUCCCUUACACAUUAAGGUUGUGUUAUGGUUUGGCCUAAAUACAUCUAAUAUGUAGGGCCAGCUUACAGGGGUUGGUGGAAUAAAAGAU